AUGGUGAGGAUUAGAGGAGGGUCUGUAAGUGCCGGACACACCUUUAGGCUCAGAGAUGAAGAGGAUGAAGAUGUUCAAAUUGUCGAACCUUCCAUCAAAUCACCCAAAAAGAAAACUGAAAAUCGUGGUGGAAAAACGAAGCAGUCUGCAAAGAAAAAACAGACUGUUCAAACCAGAGAACCAUCUGUUGAACCAACUGAUGAACAGAUGGAGGAGCAACAAUCUGAAGAGCAUCCAGCCAGUGGCAAUGAAGAGGAACUGGAGCAGCCCACCAAUGAAGAUGUAACCAUCACGAAAUCACCCAGGAAGGGAAAAAAGACCACUAAAAGGAAGAGCAUUACUCAACCCAAGGAAAAGGAAACUGCUGAUCCUUCAGGGGAACAGAAGGAUACAGAAAAAAUUACUGAGGAAUAG